UUGCUGUCCUUUCCCAAGCAGACAAGCUUUUUGGACUCAGGGGAAAAGGAAAAGGGAGACUUUCAUGCGUUUCCCAACAAGGCAACCGCAGAGAUAAGCUAUCUCCAUCUCCUGUCCUCACCUUAGUCUUUCUGUGGGUGCUCAUCAGAGGUCUAAGGAGAAGAACCAGCAGUUCACAGACACUCCCAGAGAUCUCCUGAGGGUACACCUGGAGUACAGCCCUCUGUGCUGGAGAGAGACAGCCACCAAUGCCAGCAGAGUUAGAAGGAGGAAGGUCAAGGACGGCUUCAGGAAAAUCCAGGAGGAGAUCCCAGAAUCCACAACUACAUGCGGUUGAGCAUGAGCGUGAGGAGAGGUACCCAAGAGCAUAUUGAUGCUUCAGAAGAAAACCUCAACACCCAGCUCACCAGAGGUCCUAUGCAUGGGAUUGAACAAAAUCUUGAAACGAAAGGAGCCUAAUCAUGAAAACAAAUGUGACAAAUCCUAAGUUCCUCUUGGUCCUGCUGUCUAUAGUAGCAUUCUGGAUCAUUGUUACAGUUCUCCUAAACUCCACAAAGAUAUGGACCGCAAUUGAGUUGCCCAUCUCCUUCCAUCGCUGGAACUUCAUCACAAAGCCCUCAUGCUCAGAAGCACCACUGCGUCCAGUAGUUUCAGCAGCAGAGACACAGCUGAAAAUAAAGCAAAUCGUGGAGAAACUAGAUCAGCUGAUCCCACCCAGACCUUUCACCCACGUGAACACCACAACGAGCGCCGCACACAGCACAGCCACCAUCCUCAACCCACGAGACAAGUACUGCGUGGGGGACCAGCUGGACAUCUUGCUGGAGGCGAGGGACCACUUGGGACGCCGGAAGGAAUAUGGUGGGGAUUUCCUGAGGGCCAGGAUGUUCUCCCCAGCCCUGAAGGCGGGAGCCUCCGGAAAGGUGACCGACUUCAACAAUGGCACCUACCUUGUCAGCUUCACCCUGUUCUGGGAGGGCCAGGUCUCCCUGUCUGUCCUGCUCAUCCACCCCAGUGAAGGGGCAUCAGCUCUCUGGAGGGCAAGGAACCAAGGCUAUGACAGAGUGAUCUUCACAGGUCAGUUUUCCAGUGGGACCUCCAAGGUCAAUACUGAUUGUGCGCUGGUUUUAAACUCAAGUGCUGAAUUAUGCCAAUAUCUGGAUGCUGAAGACCAAGAAGCCUUUUACUGCCUGAAGCCCCAACACAUGCCCUGCGCUGCACUCAUUCAGAUGCACUCCAAGAACACGAAAGUAUCUUAUCUUAGCAAACAAGAAAGGAGUCUCUUUGAAAGGUCAAACUUGGGUGCAGAGAUUUUGAAAAACUUCAAUGCGAUUAGCAUCUCCAAAUGCAAUCCUGGACAAGCUCACUGUCUCAGUCCUAUCAGCACUUUGCUCAUCUGGAUGCUUACGCAGGCUGAGAUACCAGAAGGAACAGUUCCAGUGAAGAAGAAAUGCAAGUUUGGGAUGACAUCUACAAUCCCCAGCGGGCAUGUCUGGAAAGAUUCCUGGAAACCCGUCUCCUGCAGUUUGGCUCCUGUUGAUAUGAAGGAGUGCCUGCGAGGAAAAUUCAUCUAUCUAAUGGGAGACUCCACAGUCCGCCAGUGGAUGGAAUACUUCAAAACCAGUAUUGACACACUGAAGCCAGUGGAUCUGCAUGAAGCUGGAAAGUUGCGACACCAACUUGCUGUGGACCUGGAUAGGAAUAUCAACAUCCAGUGGCAAAAGCAUGGUUACCCAUUGAUUGGAUCAAUUAGCUACUCAGUCAAAGAGAUUGAGUACAUCGCCCGGGCCAUUGACAGAACUGGAGGAGAAAAGAAUACUAUCAUUGUUAUUUCUCUGGGUCAACAUUUCAGACCCUUCCCCAUUGAUGUUUUUAUCAAAAGAGUCCUCAAUGUCCACAAGGCUGUUCAGCGUCUUCUUCUGAGAAGCCCAGACACCCUGGUUGUCAUCAAAGCAGAAAACAUCAGGGAGAUAAACAAUGAUGUGGAGAGAGUUAGUGACUUCCAUGGUUAUAUUCAGUAUCUUAUCAUGAAGGACAUUUUUCAGGACCUAAAUGUAGGCCUCAUUGAUGCCUGGGACAUAACAAUUGCAUAUGGGACACAUGAUGUCCACCCACCUCAAAAUGUAGUAGGAAAUCAGAUUAAUAUAUUAUUAAAUUAUAUUUGCUAGAUAACACAUCUCUCUGAAAUGCAUCCUUCGAAGUGUUUCUACUUUAAGAUGGAAUUAGAGACAGCUGGUUGGCCUGCUGGUUAGGACAUCUGCAUCCCAAUUCAGGAGUAUGUGGGUUUGUUGCCCACGUCCUGCUCCUAAGUUCCCCACUAAUGCAGUUCCUGGGAGAUAGCAGAUAAUGGCUCAAGAAUUGUUCCCUGCCACUUAAGUGGAAGAUCUGGAUUGAGUUUCUAAUUCCUGGCUUUGGUCACUUAAACCCCUGCAAGUAUUUGGGGUG